AUGGUUGGGCUACGAGAAACGUUCAUGAUGGUGCAGCUCCAGGCUAUCAAUGCAAAAUUCUUUGAUCUUUUGAGUCGCCCAGAGCCGAACCGAAGAGCAGCCACCCUUAUUUUUCAAUGCAUCAGUGUUCGUGCCAAACGCAGGCUUCGGUCGCUAUCGUGGAUUCAACUCGCCCUAAAAUCUACUCCUAUCAAAGGCCACUUGAAAGAGACCGUGCUCACGGCUGGGGCGACGGAGGGAGGGGGUGGCGGUGGUGGCGGCGCGAGCAUGUGA